AAGCUCCAAUCGGGGCUUUAAGUCCUUGAUUAGGAGAGUGUGAGAGCUUUGGUCCCAACUGGCUGUGCCUAUAGGCUUGUCACUAGGAGAACAUUCGUGUUAAUUGCACUGUGCUCUGUCAAGGAAACUUUGAUUUAUAGCUGGGGGUGCACAAAUAAUGGUUGCCGGUCGCACAUGGAUUCGGUAGAACUUUGCCUGCCUGAAUCUUUUUCCCUGCACUACGAGGAAGAGCUUCUCUGCAGAAUGUCAAACAAAGAUCGACACAUUGAUUCCAGCUGUUCGUCCUUCAUCAAGACGGAACCCUCCAGCCCGGCCUCCCUGACGGACAGCGUCAACCACCACAGCCCUGGUGGCUCUUCAGACGCCAGCGGGAGCUACAGUUCAACCAUGAAUGGCCAUCAGAACGGACUUGACUCGCCACCUCUCUACCCUUCUGCUCCUAUCCUGGGAGGUACUGGGCCUGUCAGGAAACUGUAUGAUGACUGCUCCAGCACCAUUGUCGAAGAUCCCCAGACCAAGUGUGAAUACAUGCUCAACUCGAUGCCCAAGAGACUGUGUUUAGUGUGUGGUGACAUCGCGUCUGGGUACCACUAUGGGGUAGCGUCGUGUGAAGCCUGCAAGGCCUUCUUCAAGAGGACAAUUCAAGGCAAUAUAGAAUAUAGCUGCCCUGCCACGAAUGAAUGUGAAAUCACAAAGCGCAGACGUAAAUCCUGCCAAGCUUGCCGCUUCAUGAAGUGUUUAAAAGUGGGCAUGCUGAAAGAAGGUAAGGUAUUUUGCUAGUGUCCCUGUGCUUUAGGUUUGGUGUAGA